AUGGAUCCCUACCAAGUGCUCACGGAGACAUUGGUAUUCAACAACCAGGAUGAAGAACGCUGGUGGCAGAGUACAGCGCCCAUACUUGCCAAAAUGAUGAAGGAUGCUCGUUAUGAUGUGCACCUGCAAUACAAAUACCUAUGUCUACACCGCACAUGUGUGAUCCCAUCGCUGGGACCAUACCCCCGAACCAACGAGCUACGCUGGAAAUGCACGUUGACUCGAUAUGGCCUGCCUUUCGAACUUUCUUUCAACUAUCCCCAAGGACUGGUCCGGACAGUCUGGGAGCCAAUAGGUCCGAUGACCGGGACCAUGAAUGAUCCGUUCAACACGCAAAGAAUACAUAAAACUGUCGAAACUCUGUCUCGGCUCAUUCACGGAGUAGAUUUGAAAUGGUUUCAGCACUUUGUGCGCGAACUGGUAACCACUGAUGAAGAAGACCUGUCGAUUUUGAAAAAGCACGGCGACGUUGGUGUGUUCAAAACCCAGAACAUGUUGGCGUUCGACUACGACAAAAAGGACGGAAAUGCACGCGCCAAAGUAUAUCUAUACCCCCAACUUAAGUCGCUCGCGACUGGCGUCUCCACCAAAAAGCUUAUGCUGGACUCGAUUCGCAACGCUGACGUAGAAGGCAACCUCAGCGGCCAGCUGUCGAUCCUGGAAGAAUAUAUUGCCUCGCGGACUGCUGACACCAACGACCAUGAGGCCGAUGAUGGACCUUCAUUGUUUCCCUGUUUCUUAUCGUGUGAUUUGGUGGAGCCACGUGCUUCAAGGGUGAAGGUCUACCUCGCCGAGAACGAUGUCUCAUUUCACCGUAUCGAAGAUCUCUGGACCCUUGGCGGGCGACGGACAGAUUUGCGCACAAUAGCCGGUCUACGAUACCUAAAGGACCUUUGGGACGCUCUCCCACUGGAAGAGGGACUGCGUACCCCGUCAAACAUAAUCUACGAUCUCGGCAAAUGUGCACCGAUGGAGACCCUUUCUCUGAUCAUCAACUUUAACCUGCACCCUAGCGACCCGUUGCCGCAGCCCCAGAUAUACUUCUUUGUUGGCGGGCACAAUGACCUGGUGGUUGCGGACGCCUUGACGUCGUUCUUCGAACGAGUCGGCUGGAAGGAGAUAGCUGAAUCAUACAAGCCGAAUAUCAGCGCCUACCACUGUGGACUUGAUCUUAGCCAGAGUACCCAGUUGCAAUCGUGGGUAUCUUAUUCGUUCAAAGACAGUGCUCCCUACGUCAGUGUGUAUACUCAAUUGUUCGAGCCUAUCUACGGCGUUAAGAGCGACAAAACUGGACAUGGGAUUUGA